UGUGUUAGUGUAGCAUACAACCUUCUUUUGACAGCAGUCUUUAUGAACACACUGAGGAGAGACAUCAAGGAGAGAACUAACCAGAUAUCAAAGAUGCAGUGGAGUCUGUAUCUGCUUAUUCUGAUGGGUCAGUGUUGCUUCUUUACAUGCCGCCUGUAUGAGUACCACUUUAUUGCAGAAAACAAGAGCUGGUCUGAAGCACAGAGAUACUGCAGAGAGAAAUAUACAGACCUGGCCAAAGUGUUUGACAUGACAGACAUGAGCAGACUCCGUAACUCCACACAGAAUCAAGGAGAAGCCUGGAUUGGACUGAACAACAACACAGGUGGAAACAGGACGUGGCAUUGGUCUCUGCCAGGAGUGGAAUACAUUCAUAAUGACAGCAGCUGGAAUCUGAAUGGAAGACACAAUGAGCCGCCUGGGAACUGUGUGAGGAAAAGAUACCAGCAAGCAGAUUUAAAGCUGGCAGAUGUUUCAUGUGCUUUUACAACAUGGUUCAUCUGCUGUGAUGGUGAGGAGAUCAUUUUAAAUGAUAUUAUAAUAUUGUGA